GGGUAUGCGUGUCUCUUCGACAAAUGCUCUGUUACAGACCGCCUAAUGGAAUCAUGAUCGUGUGUGCAUCAGGGGACGGGCAGAGGUGUGUUGUAUCCAACUCUCGCGUUCCUGGACACACAAGUCAUCCGUCAUCGAUCGGCAGAAAGUACGUAUUAACUGGUGGAAAGUACCUGCAGUUCCUCAGCCAGAUAUGUUCAGUCCGACAGAAAGACACAACAGAACAGUCCUCCAUUAAACAGAAGGGUGCACUGUCAGGUGUGUGCUUCAUCAAUCACCGUGUAACAUAUGGUUGAGAGCGUGGAAGAGAGCGUGGAAGAGAGCGUGGAAGAGAGCGUGGAAGAGAGAGCCUUUUGUUUUUUUCUAAGUGCCCCACAACGCCUCUGACCACUGACCAGCGUGGAAGAGAGCGUGGAAGAGGCGUUGUGGUACUAAGUGGAAGAGAGCGUGGAAGAGGAGAGCCUUUGUUUUUUAUGAAGUGGCCCAGAUCCAGGUGCAGUUGGAGAAAUUCUGUUUUGGUUGGUCGUCCAAGCCCAAGGUUAGGUACUCAUGGACAAGCAUAUAUUUCAGCAGAGUCCAGUUAAAAUGACCUAUCGAUCCUCUGUGAGGACAGGAUCACCUUCAAGUUGUUGUUUUGUGGUGAGUCGCCUUGGGCCUUGGCUGGGAAAGGGGAGCUAGUCACUCUUCUGCCGUGGUGGUUCACGUCUUCUCGGGGAUGAGCCCAGGUGCACGACACCAGCCGCGGAAGGUUCUGAUUAGUUUGCGCGAUGGCACGCGUAUAAUGAACGUCGACGAGAACUAUCCCGCUUCGUCGGCGCAUAGCUUUUCGUCACUAUCGCUGCAACAAGAGCUGAUAACUGUUGCAGCUGAAGAAGAAGAAAGACAAGGAAGACAAGGGGAAAGGGAAGGAGGAGGAGAUGGAGGAGGAGAGUGGGGAAGAGGAGGAGGAGGAGAAGGAGGGGAAGAAAGAGGGGGGGGGGGAGUAGAAGCUGAAGGAGACAGGAGAGGAGGAAUAGUAGAAGGCAAAGGAGGAGGAGAGGGAGAGAGGGCAGGUGGAAGAGUAGUAUUGAGUUGCAAGCUAUGUGAUUUGAAGGGGGGGCAGAAACGGGAUGAGGUACGUCAGCAAGAGGACAGGCGGACGCUUGCAGGUAGCGCAACCGUGUCUUCUCGCUCUGGUUGGCUUGUUCCCAGAGCAUUUGGCAAUGCUGAAACGGCGAGCACAACCGGCCAGUUUCACCAUAUUAAGGAUGAUGACAUCACAUCAGUGGCGAGGAAGGAGAAGAGGAACGGAGAGAAACUUUUGAGGAAUAGUUCCCGUACUAACAAGAGCAGUACCAAUAACGGUAGUAGUGCAGCUCGUUCUAUUAAUAGUGGUAGAUCAAGUAAGAGUAGGAGGAAGAAGCACGGCAAUCGGCGGAUUCGGGUUGCAAUCAACCUGACUGGCUGCAAGUAUGACGUGAUCAGAAAGGUGACCCAGAGUAAGCUGGGUUGGCGAGAGGUCGGCGACGAUGACGAGUGGCAUGUCUAUUGGACUGACACGUCGGUUGGUGCAGAGCGGCUGAUGAAACUGAAGCGUAUGCAAAGAAUCAACCAUUUCUAUGGCAUGUUAGAGGUCUGUCGGAAGCGUCUACUCGCACGUAACAUCCAGAAGAUGAGCAAACUCUUCCCUGAAGAGUACAAAUUUGUUCCCCGAACAUUCGUCUUGCCAGCAGAUCUUGGGGAGCUUGUGAGCAGAUUGGAGGGGGUAGAGCAUCUGUGCGGGAAGGCUGCCGACGUCCAAUCUAGUUACUAUUAUUACUACCACCACCACCAUCAUUACUACCAUCAUCAUCACCACCAUCAUCACCAUCAUCAUCAUCAUCACCCAAGUACUGCGAAUACCAAAGCCAAAGAGAACAGCCAUGACAAGAAGAGGUUAGGAGUUGCGUCAAUAUCGAUUGGGAAGGGGGGGGGGGGGCAUAAUUCCCAGGGGAUGAAAGGGGUAGGGAGAGGAAGCGGAGGCGGAAGCGCUGGAAGCAGUGGAGGAGGAGGAGGAGGAGGUGGGGGAGGGGGGAGGAAAGGGUCCAAACAGCCGUCGAAGGAGGGAGGGCGGGUCAGGCGAUUCCGCCGGACAUACAUUGUGAAACCAGAUGGAGGGUGUCAGGGGAGAGGCAUCAGUCUUGUGCAGACAAUAGGCGACUUGGCGCGAAGCGUUGGGGACUCUCUGUCGGGAAGCAGCGUUGUCGCACAGAGAUACAUCGUCCGUCCGAUGCUCAUCAAUGGCUAUAAAUUUGACUUGCGUGUCUAUGUUCUUGUCGUGUCGUGCAGCCCCUUGAGGGUGUUUCUAUACAAGGAAGGCCUUGCGCGUUUUUGCACGGAACCUUACGAGCCACCUCGCCCAGAGAAUCUGUCAAUCAGUCGAAUGCAUCUUACCAAUUAUGCCAUCAACAAGGUCAGCACCACUGGCAGCCCUCCACCUUUGUACCAACCCUUUUAUGGCACCCCGGCUUCCCUCGCUGGCAAUAAUCACCCAAAUCCCACUCUAUUCACGUCGCUAACGGGCCCAAACGGGACAGGUGGGGCUUCUCAUGCUCUGACCAAUGGAGCACCAGGAAAGAGUGGUAUUGUUGUGGAAAACGCGUCCGCGGAAGGGCUACGGCAGGGAACGAGCAAGGGAAACGCAACAGAGUGUACCUCUCCCUCAGCUGCGAGUCCGCAGAAGUGGUCACUGACUGAGCUCAUGCAUGCACUUAGGACCACAGCAGCAGUAGACACUGACAACCUCUGGGGACUGAUUGCCGAUAUCGCGGUGAAGACGCUGCUUUCUGUACAGCCAUUGCUGGCACACAAUUACCGAACCUGCCUCGACAAAGACGAUGAAGGAUUCUCUUGCUUCGAGCUGCUUGGGCUUGAUAUUAUUCUUGAUCAUAAAGGCAAGCCAUGGUUGCUGGAGGUUAAUCACUCACCCUCAUUUGCGACGGAUACGCCUCUGGAUCUGAUGGUGAAAGAGGCCCUCAUAACUGACACCAUUAUGCUUGUUCGGAUCGAUCCAAAGGAAAUUGUUCGGUCGAAGAUGGAAGAGAAGGAAGGGACAAAGAGUCGAUUGUAUGGAGGCGGACACUACGGGCAAGAUCUGUCUUCAUCAGCAAUUACAGCAAGAGGGAAAGAGAAUUCCGCAGAUGCUGCCGAGCCAGCAAACGCCAAAGCGAACACGGAUGGGCAGGACGCGGAUCGCCAAGCGCAGUGGCUGGAAGACGAGGGUAGUAGUAGUAACUUAAGGGAAAAGUGGAUGGAGAAGGUCCUGGAGGCCCGGGAAAAGUACGAGGCCAAGCACAAAGGUAAUUACGUCAGAAUCUAUCCGCCGGAUAAUCCUAAGUUGGCUGAGAAGUAUGAAAAGAUAUUAGAGGGAUCGAGGAUCUUGUUCAAGAAAUCCUUCGAGGUAAGAGUCCGAGAUGCAAUCGCCAGAUUGUCAGAAGACAGAAAAAAGAGCACUGAGGCAGUUGGCGAGCUGACACCGAAAAGACAUUGGAGGGCAGCUGGAGUAGCGAGCUCGAAACCUUGGCCGAAAUGGGAGAAACCACAGCCAUCGGCCAAUGGAAAAGCUAUCCCGAAGCAACUCAAGGAGAACAUGGGUAAGGAGGUGCAGCUGCUGCAGCAGCAGAGUAACACCGACAAGAAGCUGGAUGGCAGUGCCGAACCACUGGAUCAGGGAAGUGAGGGGCAAGGCCAACAAGGUCCAGCGAGUUUCGACAAGAGCAACCAGAGAAAAACUGACUUGGUAGAAGACAGAAACCAACCUGGUAAGCCACCCGAUCCUUUGAACGGGCAAACAAAUGCCGAAGCUUCCGGAGAGCAGCAGACAUUGUCAUGUGAUAUGCACAUCGUGGAUUCUGGAAGUGUUAACCAUUGUGAAGGUGAUUUUGCAACACCCACAAAGGCCGAUGAUGUUCCACCAAACAGAUGUGCAGAGCAAACGGUUAUUUCCCAUGGAAAUGCACCUGCAGGAGGAUCAUGGAAAGGGAAGAACAAGACACCGAGACGCAUUCACACAGCGGCGGGUGAGCUGGCAGCUUUAGCUUCUGGUUCUCUGGAAGUUUUGCGACAACAAGAAAUCAACUUUGAAAACCUAAGGUCCGUUGGCUCCACCCUAACGUCGUUUUCUUACCCUUGUCCUUUCAUUACUAUCUCGUGCAUAUCCAGUCGGGACACACCAGGUCCUGACACUUCGACAAACAUUUCUCGAGUAGGCGAGAACCUGAUCAAUGUUUGUGCUGCUGAUAGGAUAUCGACUCACAGCUGGAAGUCAGAAAAGAGUGGCUCAAGCAACCGAGAGCGCAGCAAUGUGAUUUUGAGCACGAUAGUGAGAGAUGAAGCUUCAGAUGGUGUCAUUUCCUCGGUAUCCGAUGUUAUGCCGAAGAGAAAGGGUCCAGCAAGGCUGCUUUCGACCCUAAGGGUAGCACGGUCGCAUACCCACGGCGGCGAUGAGAAUGCGCACCUUGUUCUUACUGGGAAUGGGCUUGGGGGCCCGGUGCCGGUGAUGUCAUCCACCGUUGACCAGUCUCAUCCUCAUGAAGCCGGGUCGAACAGUGUGAUGUGUUGCGAAGGAUCAACAGUCCCAGCGCUCGAUGGUAAUAAUAAGCAAGAAGUCCAGCCGCAAACCGUCAUACGAAGCCAUCCCAAGAAAGUGCAAGUGGGACGCGAACUUCAUGAAGACGAAUCCCAACACAGGGGGCAUCAUCCCUUUGGCAGAACAGGUUCUGAAGACCCCCUGUCUGAGGGGAUAAGGGCAGAAGCGAAGCCGUCAAGCCGACAAAGAAGGAUCAGCUUGCGGGAGUCCAGAUGGAACAGCUGGGAAGCACCGCCGCCAGUCGACCCAACUUCCUUUCCAUCGCUGCGAGUCCCGGAGAAGGAACGCUCGAGAGCAGAAGUGCAUGAGGAUCUAAUGUCGGGUUCUGUGGGCCCAUUAGAUGUUAGGGGCCUAGCUGGGGGGGGGGGGAAUGAAGGCACGGUAGACAUAGGCGUUGUGCGGCAGCAGAGGAAUGCUGCGAAUCUGGUCAAGGAGAAUCGGCGGCACAGGUCAGGUCUUGAUCGGGUGAGCACGUCCCGAAGAGAGGGUCGUGUGACACAGGCAAAGGUUAUCUUGGACCUGAAGAGCAUUCCUGUUAAGGACUUGAGGGUGGGUCCGGUGGGACUGCAACAGGUCCGCACUCUGAAAACCCAUGCGAAAAACUAGAAGGAAGGCGGAGAAGGCAUCUUCUUCCGCGAACAGGGCCAACAACAUAUUAACCCUUAACGUCGUUAAGAUGAUCAUCAAGAUACGUUGUGCACUACGGAGCCAAAUUGAAUGGCGUUUACGGCUUUAAGGGUUGAUUUACCAUCUUCACCCAAAUAGAAAGCCAGGUCAUUACAGCUGCAUUUGGGGAAACUUUCACUCUAGGUACAGCGAUAAUGACCGGGCGUUCUUUUCAGGUGAAGACCGUAGUAUUUGGGUUGCCAGGUAAAGUUCGGCAACGAGUCCCUGGUUCAGUUCUCCAUUGAAUUUCUCUAUAAUAUAUCUCAAUUUUCAAGUAAAGUCAACGUCUUCGA